AUGUGGAAUAAUUCAAGCCUCCGUUUCCUUUUAACACUAGCUAUUUUAUGUUUAAGAAGCUUAAUAUAUAGCCAAGAGACAGGUUCUCUUGGGGACCCCCAGAAUUUAAAAUGUGUAACGCACGAUUUACGUAAAAUGAUCUGUACUUGGAAUGUCCCCUCUAAAGGAAGACAUGGACAAACUGACUUUUGCUACACUACCAAUGACCUCUCCCCUCCAGUGUGUUUUAAAACAGAGGAGAAAAGGGUUGAGAUUCCAGUCCCAGAGAGCUCCACCACAGUGACAAUAACCACAAACAGCAUUUCUGGAACUGCUUUUGCCACCAAAGAAUUUGAAAUUCACAAGACAGACAUCUCAUUUGUUCCUCUCACUCCACACAUUCUUAGUUUAACACCUGACUUUUCAACUUCCACAUUAAAUCUGAAGUGGAGUGAUAAGGGAUCAGUCUUCCCAUAUGGACUGGAUGCCUUUUGGCAGAUUCAGAUACUCCGUAAAGAAGCAAUGGAAAAAGUCACACAAGUAACCUACUAUUCAAAACUGACUCAUGAAGACAUCAUUAUUUCAUGGAACUGGACAUCAGAUAUGCCUUUGGAGUGUACAUCGCAUUAUGUGAAGAUUCGUUGUUAUAUUAAUAUAACACGGUUUAUUGGCCCCAAGGACUGGAGUGACUGGAGCCCAGUAGAAGAGGUCCCUGGAAAAGAUACCGAGCCCAAUGGAAGUGGGGUGUUUCCUCAGGACUCUGUGGUGGCAGUAGGUUCAGAUGUGACAAUUUGUUGUGUCCAUGAAGAAGGACAGAAGAUACAACGGAUGACUUAUGGAUCAGAAAUAUACCCAAUGAUACAUCUGAGCAGGCGGAGCAGUGCAAUCAGAGUGCUAAAUGCCAGUGCUUCAGAUACCAGUGGGACAAAUGUAGUGUGCAUACUGUCUGAAGACGACAUGGAUGGAACUGUCUUGUUUGUAGGAUAUGCCCCUGAUAUUCCUGAAAACCUCAGCUGUGAAACAUCCAACUUCCUGAUAAUAAAAUGCACCUGGAAACCAGGAAGACCCAGUGGACUAUAUGGAAAACGAAGAACGAAGUACAGUUUAUUUGAAAGAAUAUCUAGUAAAAAUGUUUCAUGUGAAGUAAAUGAAAUGAACAGAGAGCGUGUCUGUGGCUUUCCAGUACUGGCUGAUCAAAAAACCUACGAUUUCACAUUAGGCGUCUCUAAUCCUGUUGGGCAAACAGAGUCAUCGCUUUUGGUUGAUUUAACUCAAAGAGUUCAUCCAAAAACUCCAGAGAAGUUAACUGUUUCUGGGAACAGCUCUACAAGCAUUCAUCUGCAUUGGUUUAUAAACGGCAGCUUUGCUGAGAUCAGGCUUCUGUGUCAAAUUGAAAUUAGCAGUCGUCACUCUGAGCGAAAACUGGUAAGUGUUGCUUUUAAUGGAUUUACUUCUUUUUAG